UCAUCAUGGAUGUCGAUCCUCCAAACAGCACUUUUGACAACGCAACGCAUAUCCAGUCUGCUCCCCAUAGCCUUUGGGAAGUUAUCACCAUAGCAACAGUCUCUGCCAUUGUCAGCUUGAUCACGAUAGUUGGUAACGUUUUGGUCAUGGUAUCCUUCAAAGUCAACAGCCAGCUUAAGACUGUAAACAACUAUUACCUACUGAGUUUGGCCUUUGCGGACCUCAUUAUAGGAGUGCUCUCCAUGAACUUAUACACUACAUAUAUACUGAUGGGUUACUGGUCCUUAGGAAGCCUUGCAUGUGAUCUUUGGCUAGCUGUGGACUAUGUAGCCAGCAACGCUUCAGUUAUGAAUUUACUGGUCAUCAGCUUUGACAGAUAUUUCUCCAUCACAAGGCCGCUGACUUACAGAGCUAAGAGGACUCCAAAGAGGGCCGCCCUCAUGAUAGGCCUUGCAUGGUUAGUAUCGUUUGUGCUGUGGGCACCGCCCAUUCUGUGCUGGAAGUACAUUGCAGGAGAAGAAAAGGAAUCCGAGGACCAAUGUCAGAUUCAGUUUUUAACAGAGCCGGUGAUCACAUUUGGAACAGCCAUUGCAGCUUUCUACAUCCCAGUCUCUGUCAUGACUAUUCUCUACUGUAGGAUCUACAAGGAGACACAAAGACGCACAAAGGAUCUGGCAGAGCUGCAAGGACUCGCAAGCGAUCAUGUCUCGGAGGGAGCUAAACCGCAGAAAAACAUUAUUCCCUCUUGUUUCCAUUUUACCAGAGAGAGGAGAGAAAGAAGCCAGGCCUCCUGGUCCUCCUCUAACCAAAGUAACGCUACAAAAACUACCAUUAGGUCGGACGAAGUGUGGGUCAAAGCUGACCAAAUCGCUUCAUUUAAUAGUUACUCCUCAUCUGACGAGGAGGAGCGUCACGUUUCGAUCGAGACCCCGCAAGGAUCUUUGAGAGAUAACGGUCAAAAUGAUAAUGGCCAAGCGACGGAUUAUGCAGAAGAUCAGUAUUUUUCAACCCCCUCAAAAGAAAGCCGUAAGAAGUGCAUUUCGUAUAAGUUCACACCUGGCUCAAAGGGUAAAAAAGGCAGUCCUGGACCUGCAUCUCCUCGAGCCCCCGAAGCCGAGCAGAAAAACGCCUCACCUUCAUCCUCCACUGCCUCCAAGCCGAUGGACCCGGGUCUGAAGAACCAGAUCACCAAGAGGAAGCGAAUGGUGUUGGUGAAGGAGAAGAAGGCGGCCCAGACCCUCAGCGCCAUUCUCCUGGCAUUCAUCCUCACGUGGACUCCGUACAACAUUAUGGUGCUGAUCUCCACAUUCUGCGCCACGUGCAUCCCUACGUCCCUGUGGCACCUGGGCUACUGGCUGUGCUACGUAAACAGCACCGUCAACCCAAUGUGCUACGCCCUGUGCAACAAGACCUUCCAGAAGACCUUCCGUAUGCUGCUGCUGUGUCAGUGGAGGAGGAAAAGAGGCAAGGACAAGCUGUACUGGUGUGGACAGAAUGCCAACGUCAACAACAAAAUGACCUGAUUGGUUGGUUAACCGCGGUGUCAUGUCACCCAUUUACCUGGGUCGUGGCAGGGGCUGACUGCAUCAUGGUCAGGACGCCGUUC